GGGGUGGAGAGGAUCCCCAUGACCUGUACAGCGCUGUGAGUGGGGCGUCCAGAAAUUCCAUAUGAGUAUAAGGAAUUAUUAUUAUAUGGAGGAAAUGGAACAGUUUGAACUGCAGGUGGGGUGUUCAUCAAGCUCUGUGUGUGGGUUCAAGCUGUAUGGCCUCAUUACUGGGGUUAGCCAACAUGCUGCAGCUGAUGUAAUGGGUUAGCCCAGGUGAGCUCUGGAGCAGGUCCUGGCCCAAGAGCUGCUCAAAAGGAAUUCGGGCAGAGGACAUGACGGGGAAGAGUUUUCGGCACGGAGACACUCUAUCCUGAUGCUAGGCUGAGAUCGCCUGGGCUGAGCCCCGUCUCUCCUGGAUUCAUCAGUCUGUCCUUGUUUGUGGAGCUCAGGUCUCUUUCCUAUAACACUUAGACACUCCCCCUGAUGGUGAGGCAGGCUUUGGGCAGGGGAUCCCACUGCAGGAAAGAACUACAGUAUCGUGUACAUUUCUAGACCCACAAUUUAAAACGGUGAAAUUGCUUUAGCACAGCCGUUUGCUGUUGAUUACUCCUCGAACUACCUGGUAGUACAAGUGCAGUAUGCCUUUAUGUGUGUUUUAAAAACGACAGUUUUUUCUGAAUAUUUUCCAGAACGCAUAGAGGUUUAAUUUACAGUCCCUGCUCAGAGAAUCGCCAUUUUGUUACCGUAAGGGUUUCUUGUAAAAACACACGACGACGAUGCGCACACAGCUCAGCUCCUUGCGUCCUGCCGUUGUAAAGAUCAUGCAAGUCGUGCAAACAAAACAAAAAGAAGUAAAAUGGUGAUGACGGAGCCCCAGGCGGUCCGUGCGCUGUUCGGCAGGUACAGCCGGUACCCCUCACCUGUGGCCGCCGCGGCCGGACCCGAGGAGCCGGCGCCGGCGGGGGGGAGAUACAUCAGCCUCCUCACAGAGUGGACCCAGGCGCAGGAGGACCGGGGGCAGCGGGUGCGGUUCGGCAGGCAGUACACCCUGCUCCGCGCCGGUAGGACGGAGCUCCAGGCCCUGCCGCCGGGCCAGUGCUGCCACCUGCAGGGCGAGGUGCUCAGCAGCCAGUCUCCCUCCGGAUCCCUGAAGGCCGUUGUCCGGGAUGUCGCCUGUCACGGGGCUGGGGCACGGCACCAGGCCCUGGAGAUCUGGAACAAGAACGGGCUAGCGAAGAGCAUGGACUUGACUUCCCUCGACAAGCAUGGCAGGGUCUACGAGGAUGCUCAGUUCGGCUGCCUGGCCUGGUCGGGCUCGGAGAGCCGUGUGCUGUAUGUGGCAGAGAAGAGGCAUCGCAAGGCGGAGUCAUCCUGUCUUUCGGAAUCCGGGCCAGCCAAUGAUAGAGAAGGGGCGGGGCCUGCAGCCGAGGAGGAGGAGCCAACCCAGAAGGAGGACCAGUGCGUGUACUGGGAGGACUGGGGCGAGGGGCUGGCCGGGAAGAGCACCCCGAUCCUGUGCGUGGCCGACGUCGACAAGGGCAGCGUGUCCGUGCUGCGGGGCGUCCCGCGCCAGGUGUCCCCCGGGCAGGCCUUCUGGGCUCCAGGGGACGGCGCAGUCGUCUUCGUGGGCUGGUGGCACGAGCCGUUCCGCCUCGGGCUGCGGUUCUGCACCAACAGGAGGUCGGCUCUGUUCUCCCUGGACCUCGAAGGGAACUGUGAGCUCCUGUCCCCCGACACCACGGCCGUCUCCUCGCCGCGCCUCAGCCCAGACGGCCGUUACAUCGCCUACCUGCAGGGCCAGGUGUUCGGGCCGCACGCCCAGUGCCUCCGCCUGCAGCAGUUCGACAGGGAGACCAGGAAGACCGCCCUGCUGCUGGACCUGGUGAAGAGGCCCGGGAAAGGGGAGUUCGCGGGCCUGUACGAGCCCCUGCUGCCCCGGCGCUGCUGGGCCGCCGACAGCCAGAGGCUGGUGUUCAGCAGCGCGAGGAGGAGCAGGAAGGACGUCUUCGUGUUGGACACCGUCUCGAGGAGGGUGACCCGCCUCUCCGACAGCUCAGAAUUUGGGAGCUGGAAGUUGCUGGCCAUCGAGAGAGACCUGAUGGUGGUCAGCUGCUCGUCGAUCAACUGCCCGCCAUGCCUGAAAGUGGGGUUCCUGCCGCCAGCCGGAGGAGAGGACAGGGUGUCUUGGGUGCCCCUGGAUGACCUGCAGUGCGUCCCCAGCAUCGAGUGGCAGAUCAUGGACUUCACUCCCCCUCCCGAAGAGGAGAACAAGGAAUACUCUGGCCUGGAUUUUGAUGCCCUGGUGCUGAAGCCGCGUGGCAGCAGAGCAGGAGCCCGUGUGCCGCUGGUGGUGUUUGCCCACGGCGGACCCCACUCCCAGUUCUCUGCCGAGUGGAAUGCGUUCUCAGCGGCCCUGGUCACUGUGGGCUUCUCUGUGCUGAUGGUGAACUACCGGGGCUCCACGGGGUUCGGGCAGGACAGCAUCGUGUCUCUCAUCGGGAACAUGGGGAGCCAGGACGUCAAGGACGUGCAGAGAGCCGUGGUGACCCUCCUGCAGAGCGACGCGACCCUUGACCCCCGCCGAGUGGCCGUGCUCGGGGGUUCCCACGGCGGCUUCCUCGCCUGCCACCUGGUCGGCCAGUACCCCGACUUCUACCGCGCCUGCGCCGCCCGGAACCCCGUCAUCAACUACGCCACGCUGCUGGGCACCAGCGACAUCAUCGACUGGCGCUACACCGCGGCGGGUCUGCCGUACUCCUUCGACCAGCUGCCCACCGCCGACGCCCUGGCCGCCAUGCUGGAGCAGUCCCCCAUCGUGCACGCCCCCCAGAUUCGGGCUCCGGUCCUCCUGAUGCUGGGAGGGAGAGACAAGAGGGUGUCUCCACACCAGGGGCUGGAGCUGUACCGGGCGAUGAAGAGCAGGGGCUCCCCCGUCAGGUUGCUGUGGUUUGAGGAGGACGGUCACUCCCUGUCUCGAGUGGACACCCAGUCCAGCUGCUUCGUCAACGUAGUCCUCUGGUUCCUCCGGCAUCUGGACAUCUGCUGACUGGUGCAUCCCAGCACUCCGGGACGCUGGCGCUGUCCGAGCCCUGCGGGAAUGCUCCUCUCCGGGAAUUCUUCUUUUCCAGCCGGGACUCUGCAGCCCUCGGCGCUUCCUGUAACUGAACUGCACUGUCUCCGGAUCCCUCUGGGAUUCCUUUUUCUCCCGAAAACGGAGAUGUCUCUGAGGCCCCAGAGUAGACAGCGGAGGGACAUGUACUGAUUUUGGAUCGGUGGUGCUCCAGACGUCCUAGUGCUGUUAAUCCGACUGUCUGGCUGGUCGGAGAGCUGGAGAGCUUUGCAGGAGCAUGGAGGUCAGGUUUGUGUCUGCAGUGUAGCCUUGUCGCCUUAGGCCAGAGUUUCUUCCGUACCCCUGGCAGUCAGUGUGUGGGUCGCCCCGCCAUCAGUGGGGAGUCACCACAGAGAUUUGAGCUGUGGUUCACCAGAAUGGAUUACUCGCAGAGCACCAUGGAAUGAGGAGAGCGGGAUUUAAUAUCCCCCACGGAAUGAUGACGAUGAAGACAUUCCUAUCGCGGCCUGGACUUGUUCCUCGUCUUCCUUUGCGGCCACCAGGGGGCGAUGGCGCUCUUCACACGAGUUUCCCCUCCUGUUGCAAACACUGCAGCGUGUUGUAAGGCGCAACGCUUUAAAUAAACAAGACAGUAACGUUAACGGCAUUAAAACUUUUUUUUUUCCCCCUU